AUGGAGCAGAGAAUAAUAUUCCAUAAAGUUACGAGGUUGAAUGCAUGUUCAGUCUUCUGGAGGGCAAGGAUCCUUAUGGAAUGGAGCGCCUGCCUGCUGCAUGGCCCGUUUGUGAAGACCUUGGCCGUGGUACCCCAUCGAUCCUUUUCAGAAAAUCGCUGUGCCGUAUCCCUUGCACGGUAUCUUGCUUGCUUUUAUUCGUUGACAUUAGAAAUAUAA